CUGAAGACUUGCCAUCCCCAAAUUUUCCUCAGCCUCACAGUGACGUUGUUUCCCAAGUUUAAUCCCACACCGCCAAGCUCCUUUUCCUACGACUUUUUUCAGCGCAAAGUAUCUAGGGCCAACAUCGCAUGCAGAAUGGGUCGCGGACGCGAUAACAGACAGGUCUGGGACGAGCCUGACCGACGCAGUCGCCACAGCGGAGGAGGAGGAGGCCCUCGAGGAGACCGAGACCACGAAAGCUACAGAGACCGCGACGGCGGCGGCGGCGGCGGCAGACGAGACGACCGCGACAGGAGAGACGACGGCGCCAGGCGAUACCGCUCCCGAUCCCGCGACCGCCGCGACAGAGACCAUCGCCCCAGAUCCAGAGAUCGCGAGAGCGGCAACCACCGCCCGGGACGCGACGAUCGCCAUGGAGGCGCAAGGCCGCCGCGCAGAGACCGCGGUGGCUGGCAGGGCCGAGAUGAUAGUGACAGUAGGCGGCGUAGAGACGAUGAUGAGCCAGCGCCGGCGGGGGACGAGCGGCCUCCGAGGCGGCAGUUUGGUGAUGAUGAUGAGGGACGCAGUACACCGCGCGACAGCAACAGAGACCGCAGACGAUCCGCCUCCCCACGCCGAAGCGGCAGCCCGCCGCAGCCUACGACCCGUCGCGAGCAGGGCGGCGGCGGGUACACUGAGUCUUUACCCACGCGCACGGUUCAGAGAGGGAAGAAGGAGCAGCAGCAUACCAUGUCCUUUAAGGUUGGACGACACGACUCGCCGUAUGUCGAUAGCGGGAGGGAUAGCGAGCGCGGCGGGGACACGCCGAUGACGACGGGUGGUGGUGGUGGUCGUGGCCGGGACGGUCGAAGCGAGGAGGAGGAUGACGAACCUGAGCCCGAGGUCGAGGAUGAUGAUAUGGCGGCCAUGCAGGCGAUGCUUGGGUUCGGCGGGUUCGGGUCGACAAAGGGCCAGAAGAUUGCGGGGAAUAAUGUCGGGACUGUGAGGAAGGAGAAGAAGACGGAGUAUCGCCAAUAUAUGAACCGGCAGGGUGGGUUCAACCGGCCGCUCAGUCCUGGUAGAUGAGUCGCUUCGUGAGGGGCUCGCGGGAACUGGUAUUCUGGGGUCGAGGGUUGCUAGAAGGCGGAUAUAUUAAUGGGGCAACACAAAGCACGACUUUGUCAUGAAUCGGACA